UCACGCUGCUUCAACAUCUUUGUCUCCCCUCACAGGUGAGCGUUCUGACCACUUUGGAGCGACGAUUCAACCUCCAGAGUGCAGACGUGGGUGUCAUCGCCAGCAGCUUUGAGAUCGGGAACUUGGCCCUCAUCCUCUUUGUGAGCUACUUUGGUGCCCGGGGUCACAGGCCACGUUUGAUCGGAUGCGGAGGGAUUGUGAUGGCCCUCGGGGCUCUUCUCUCGGCUCUGCCUGAAUUCCUGACCCACCAGUACGAAUACGAGUCUGGAGAGAUUCGGUGGGGGGCUGAAGGGAGGGACGUGUGCGUAGCUAAUGGAUCCAACAGCGACGAGAGACCGGACCCAGAUCUUAUCUGCAGGAGCAGGACUGCUACAAACAUGAUGUAUUUGCUUCUCAUUGGAGCACAAGUUCUCCUGGGGAUUGGGGCCACCCCUGUACAACCUUUAGGAGUUUCCUAUAUUGAUGACCAUGUGAGACGGAAAGAUUCUUCCCUGUAUAUAGGGAUCUUGUUUACAAUGCUGGUGUUUGGACCAGCCUGUGGAUUUAUUUUGGGUUCUUUCUGCACCAAAAUCUACGUGGAUGCGGUCUUCAUCGACACAAGUAAGCUGGACAUCACCCCCGAUGACCCGAGGUGGAUUGGCGCAUGGUGGGCGGGCUUCUUGCUCUGCGGUGCCUUACUUUUCUUCUCGUCUCUCCCGAUGUUCGGAUUCCCACAGUCCCUGACCUGCCGGCCGGAGCAGGUGGCGGAGGCCGAACAAGCCAUGCUGCCCGAGAGGGAUUACGAGCGGCCGAAGCCAAGCAACGGCGUCCUCCCUCGGCACUCGGUGGAAGCUGAAGACAGCACUUCCUGCCUCCAGCAGCUGAGAGUGAUCCCUAAAGUCACCAAGCACUUGCUCUCGAAUCCGGUGUUCACCUGCAUUGUCCUCGCUGCUUGCAUGGAGAUAGCCGUGGUGGCUGGCUUUGCUGCCUUCCUUGGCAAAUACCUGGAACAGCAGUUCAAUCUCACGACGUCGUCAGCCAACCAGUUGUUGGGCAUGACGGCUAUUCCCUGCGCAUGUCUGGGCAUCUUCCUGGGUGGUCUUUUGGUGAAGAAACUGAGCUUGUCCGCUCUGGGGGCCAUUCGGAUGGCCAUGCUGGUCAACCUGGUGUCCACAGCCUGCUACGUCUCUUUCCUCUUCCUUGGCUGUGACACAGGACCUGUGGCCGGAGUAACUGUUCCCUAUGGAAACAAAUCAGGACCAUCAUACAACCUGGUCCCAUAUUCUGCCUGCAAUAACAACUGUAAAUGCCAAACUGAUUCCUUCACUCCAGUCUGUGGGGCUGAUGGGGUCACGUACUUAUCCGCCUGCUUCGCGGGAUGCACUAGCACGCCAUACAGAACAGUGAGCCCUGAACUGAAGUCGUACGCUUUGGGGGUUCUCUUCCUCCUCCUCCGAUUGUUGGGUUUUAUUCCACCUCCCCUGAUUUUUGGAGCGGGGAUUGACUCGACCUGCCUGUUUUGGAGCACGUUCUGCGGCGAGCAAGGAGCAUGUGCUCUAUAUGACAACGUUGUCUACAGGUACCUCUAUGUGAGCAUCGCCAUCACCCUGAAGUCCCUUGCAUUCAUCCUGUACACCACCACUUGGCAAUGCUUGAGGAAGAACUAUAAGAAAUAUAUCAAGAACCAUGAAGGUGGGCUCAGCACCAGUGAGUUUUUUGCCUCUACUUUGACCCUGGACAACCUCGGCCGGGACUCGGUCAGCUCAAACCCAUCUCACAGGACAAAAUUUAUCUACAACCUCGAAGACCACGAGUGGUGUGAAAACAUGGAGUCUGUUUUGUAGUAUAACUGUAUGGGUAGGUGGCUGACCCUGAGGUCCUUUUUCGAGUUUAAAGCAGAAAGAGAGAGAAAUAAAUGAAAAAAAUGUAAUAUAAUAUAUACCAAGUUGCUUUGGAAAGUACAAGCAAAAUGGCAGCUGAUGCCGUAUCUCAGAAUACUCUUUUCCAUAGUUAAGGAUAGAGGUAGACCUCCGUUCUCUUCUCAAAGAAGGAUUUAGCAAGAUCUGGAAGAACCGGGUCAUUCUUAAAAUCCAGCAUGAGAAACGGAGGUGUGAAGCUCGACAUCAUCAUAUAAGAUGUGUUGCUAGUGGGCAAAGCUGCCAGUGGUUUGGUAUCGAGCACUGAAUUGUAUCACGGAGUAGCUGUCUGUCCUUGGGCAUAAAGGCAAAGCAAAGGAGCAAACCCAAAAGCAGAGAAGAGGAGGAGAAUAAGCAGCCGUGAGAGUUUCCAGAAUAAGCAAACAGAAGUAUCACUGGGGUAACCUUUGCAAGACCAGCUAAGGAUAUAAACAUGGGUGCAACUCAGUCCCAGCAUUCUUCAAUCAGUCCCUAGCUCUCUUGUUCUCUCUCCCUCCCCCCCCCCAAGAUGGGGGGAGACUAUGCUGGAAUAGUUGGGCCAAUUCAACCAUCAGCAUUAGCCACAAAAUCCUGAACAGCUGAAAUGCCCCCCCCCACUGGCAUGUGUCACAUCUUCGUUCUUAAGGCACCAGCCUAAAUUAAUUAGCAUAUACAUUAAGUCAAUUUUGGUAUGGGGGUCAGACAAGGGUGGGCUUUAUCUGGCUGUGCCAGAAGGAGGAGAGUGGGGAAGGAGAUGAUUUUUACCGAGGGUACUGUAACCUUUUAAAACUACACAGAGAUAAAGUUGGUCUAAGAGCAAAGGCCAAUGUUAUGUUUCAAAAGUGACCAUUGAGCCAUCUCGGACUUUCUGACAAGUUUUUUUCCAUUUCGUUUUUGUUUGGCAUGAAUUUUGAAGCGGGAGGAUGUUGUCGAUAAAGUUUAACGCCAGAGAGAUAUGGUGGGAAAUGUGUCCCACGAGCCGUUCUGCAACCGCGGCUUGCUUCAGUGUGCUUGGGUGUGACGAUAGACUGAAAGAUGAAUAAGUAUUGGAGAUAGGGCUCCGGGAGUUAUCAUCCAAAAAAAAAAACAAAACCACACAUUUUCCCAUCUCUGACAAGACAUCAAAAGCUGCAAGAAGGUGGGGCUGUGGGGAGACACACUGCCUUUAGCAUGAGAAGCCUCGGAUUCAACCUCCCGCUUUGUGUUGUGUGUGACAGGUCUGGGGGGGGAUGGCUCUCCCUCCAUCCCCACAUGACUGUCUCAUUUGUGGGAGAAGGGACCCCUGGUGAGUUUUUCGGGGGGGGGUUGCAUGCCUGUACUAGAGACCCACUGGAGAUCUCUUUCUGAAGCACCUAGAAGACAGCGCUGCCACCUCUCCUUCCCAGAUUUAGUGACAGAGCACCGUCUUGAACCACAAAGCAUGCAAGGGUAAAGCGUGUCUCCUUUCCUGCCCGAAGUGAUGGUGCACUUUUUGGGUUGGUAUGAUUUUUUUCCCCCCUGCAGUGCUGCUGCUGCUAAAGUUUGAUAGUUGUGUUUGCCAGAGGCAGAAGUAACAGCGGAAGGUUUUAUUUACAUCUGUGUUUCCCAGAUUUGGGUCCCUAGAUGUUCUUGGAUUAAAAACCUUCACCACUGGCUGCGCUGGCCAGGAUUUCUGGGGGGCCCAAGAAUACUUAGGGUCGCAAGGUUGGGAACCGCUGGUUUACAUCAUGACAUGGGGAGGCAUAUUUGGCUUGAAGGACCCAUAUGGCCCAUGACUGUCCCAUGGUGUAAUCCUCACCUGCCAUCAAACCUCCUGUUAGAUAUGCAACAUGCACAUUCAUCUGUGUUUAACCCUGCAUUCAGCCUUAAAUCACUGGCAGCAAACUGUUAGCUGAAUAAUUAUAACCGUCACUCAUCCUAUCCUGUGUUUCCUUUUUUCGCCAUCUUGGUAAUUAUUUCCAAUACAAUUUAUGUUUUUUUCAGAUCUGGGGGCUUCAUCCAUUUUAUCUGCAGUAGAGAAGCACAAAUGUUAGGAAGAAACCAAGUUUGGCGGCGGACUAUAUCGGUAAUUAUAGGCCCGUCACCAAAGUUU